AUGGAGAAGAACGACAGGGGCUGGAGCUUGCAAGGCCCGAUUCAUGCGCGGCAGGGGGGGAGGGGGACGGAUCCAGAUGCGGGCGGCGAGGCGGCGGUCGCCGGUGACGAUGAGGAAGGCCAGAGCAAAAAUUCAUCCGUGACUCCUGGGCAGAAAGGAGACAGGGAGGUGAGGGAGAGAAGAAGGAAGAAAGGAGGGGCGUUGCAGUUCAGACGAGGAGGCGGCUUGCUGCAGCAGACAACAGCGCGACCAGGAGGUGCGGCGGCGCGGUGCAGGGGCCGUCGCGGCGGUGGUGGGCACAACGUCAUGGCGACGGAGGCAGAGCGGCUCGGGCAGGGAGGCACGAUGCAGCAGGAGAGGAGGAGCACAUCGGUGAGGCGAGGAAGAGCGAGGCCAACGGCAAUGCAGCCUCACCGGGGUCGGGCGGAGCCAGCCGGCCUCCCAGGCCCCGCGCGCAGAGGCGCGGCAGUGGCACGGAAGGGCGUCGGCGGCCAUGGCGUCGGCCAGGGGAGGCGCAGGCCGCGGCGGCCGGAGACGGCGCGCGGGUGGAGGGGCGGCCGCGGGCUCGGCUGGGCGGAGCGGCACGGGCGAGGCGCUGACGCGGCCGUGGCCUUAGGCCACAUUGGCAGCGGGGGCGGCGCGACGCGCAGGAGGGCAGGGGGCGCGAGCGGCGGCGAGUCUAGCGCGCGCCUGCCAUGCCUCCCCUGGCGGCGCAAGGUGGGAGAAGGGAUCGGGAGAGAGGAGCGAGGUUCGAUCGGGCUAGGUUAG